AUGUCCGAGCUACCCACAGAGAGAUCAAGGCUUAAGAUAAUACUAAAGGCACCACCCAAUGCACCCCCCUCUGCAUCCUCAUCAGACACUGGUUGUUCUGCCAGUUGUUUCUCAGCAUCAUCAGGGAGUUCUCCAUCAAACAUUCUUAUUGUCGUCGGCAUCCUCAUUGCACAGGUGUUUGGAAUGGAGGCAAUCAUGGGCAACGACGACUUGUGGCCGCUCCUUCUGGGUGUCACCUUCUUCCCCGCGAUGAUACAGUGCAUCCUGCUGCCUCUCUGCCCCAAGAGUCACCGUUUCCUGCUCAUCAACAGAGAACAAGACCAAAGGCGCAUGUCAGUGUUGAAGAAGCUCAGAGGCACCACAGAGGUGAGCUCCGACAUGCAGGAGAUGAAGGAGGAGAGCCGGCAGAUGAUGAGGGAGAAGACUGUGACCAUCCUGGAGCUUUUCCGCUCGCCACUCUACCGCCAGCCCCUCCUGAUCGCCGUCGUCCUGCAGCUCUACCAGCAGUGUCUACACUUAGACCUUGUAUUCUACUACUCCACUCGUAUCUUUGAGAAAGCCGGAGUUGAGCAGCCUGUCUAUGCCACCAUUGGAGCCGGUGUCGUGAACACAGCUUUCACUGUGGUGUCGGUGAGUACAUUUGUUGUCGAGCAUGCGGGACGCAGGUCUCUGCACCUGCUGGGGCUGCUGGGAAUGGCCGGAUCUGCCGUCUUGAUGACGAUUGCCUUGGCUCUGUUGGACCAGCUCAAAUGGAUGUUGUAUUUGAGCAUCGUGGCCAUCUUCUCCUUCGUGGCAUUCUUUGAGAUGGGACGGGGUCCCAUCCCCUGGUUCAUCGUGGCAGAGUUGUUCUCGCAGGGACCGAGGCCCUCUGCCUUCGCUGUGGCUGGUUUCUCCAACUGGACUGCUAACUUCACAAAAUGUGCCAGGGAAAGUCUACGAGAGAAGAAAGCAUAA